AUGAAUAAAGGACAAACGUGGAACGACAACGGUAAGGAAGGAUAUGUGCAGGACCCUGAGGCGCUGUAUCGGAGCGACUUCUUCGGCGGUCUUGGAUGGAUGAUGCUCCGAUCUCUCUGGACAGAGGAGCUGUCGUCCAAGUGGCCACAGUCGUUCUGGGACGAUUGGAUGCGCGAACACGAGCAGCGCCGCGAGCGCGCCUGCAUCCGUCCAGAGAUCUCCCGCACACGCACGUUUGGCAGGAUUGGCGUGUCCCGCGGGCAGUUCUUUGACCAGUACCUCAAGUAUAUUCAGCUCUCAGACGCGGACAUUAAGUUUACACAGAAGGACUUGUCGAAUCUUCUGAAGGACAACUAUGAUCUCGCUUUCCUCGAAGAAGUCUACGUCAAGGCCCAGCUCGUGAACGUGGACGACGUUGAGCGGGGCGGGGGCGAUUUGCUGCGCAUCGAAUACAGCGCGGACCGCCGCGGUGACUUUGAAGGCAUCGCCAAGCGCAUCGGCAUCAUGGACGACUUGAAGGACGGUGUGCCACGAACAGCGUAUUUUGGCGUCGUCACGUUCAGAUAUCACGGCAAAAAGAUCCACCUUGCCCCGCGCCGCCCCUGGCACGGCUAUCCAGAAUAGACACACACACACACACACACACACACACACACACACAC